AACUGCCAGAAACAUGUUUCCUCCUUGAGCUCAGCCCGAGAAGCGGCGCUGCUCUUUCACUGGAGACACCAGGCCUCCUGCGCCUCGUGGCAGGAGAGAAUUCUGUGGUUUCCUUGAAUGAGCUGCCAUUUGGAUUCCCUGAUUAGGCUUUCUCUGGCGGGUAGCUGUGAGGAGUCAACCUUCGUGUAAAGUUCUGGUCCAUCGCCGUGGGACCUGUCGGACAGCGGGCACGGCGAUGGCGAAGGAGCUCUGGCUAGAGGCCUCGGCCGGACGACAGCGGCGCCGGUCGCCUGCCUGCCGGGGCCGCACCCUUUCGGCGCCCAGGGUCCUGGGAGAGGUUCUAGGCGCUCCAGCCGACUCGAACAGGGGCGGUUCCCCGCCAGAAGGUCCCCGGGCAGUGCCGGGGGCGGGCCCGAGCGUGAGGGGUGGGAACAGGGACCAAUAAGGACAGGGCUUGGCCGGGCCGGGGCGGGGCCUGCGGCCGGGCCUGCGGGGGCGGGACGGAGCCCACCCCGAGCGGGAGCUCGCCGACCUGGCGCCUCCGCGGAGAGGACUGGAGCCUUGCAGCGCGGCCGCGGAGGUGGCGUCGAGGACCAGAGCAGGAUUAUUCAAGAUAAAGUUGUAGUCAUUUUCAACAAGGAUCGAUGAUCAGAAUUUUUCUUUUUAAAAAAAGAUUUUCAAGUUAAAGAUGAAAGGAAAAUACUGGAGUUGUUUGGAUUCUAACUGAUAGCGUAAAGAUUAUAGUAUUUCACAGUUACUUGUAAUGGAACCUUAGUAAAAUUCAUCGCUUAUCAUGCACCCAACUGGGAACAUGGAUGUUGGUUUUUCUCGUUCUGCUGCUCAUACGCUAUCAAGAAGCCACUGCAAAAACAUCAAACAAAAAAUUUCUCAGUGGGAAGGAAGAACUAAUGGUAUAUCUAAUCCAGAUAAGUGGCAUUCAGAGGACUUUGGAGUGAGAUAUAAUAACUGUAAUCAAGAUAUUCUUCUUAAGAGAAAUGUUGUUGCUGAAGGAAAGAGCAAAAAGCUGGAUGUUACCAACUCUCAAAAUGUUGAUCAAGGUAUUAAUGAAGAUGCCAAAAGCCACAAUCAAAGUGAGAAACAUGAAUAUGAUGAUACACGCUUCUUUAAAAAUGAGUCAGAAUCUACCAGGGUAUGUUCUCGGGUCAAACAAAUUGAAAGCUGGAAAGAAGUUUUGGAUCCAGAGACUUCAUUACCUCCAGGAAAUUUCUAUACCUCACAAAUACCGUGGAAGAAAAUAGAAGCACUUCCCCCAGAUAAAUUCUUAAAUUUGGCUUUAGAACAUUGUGACUCCUCAGGAAAAGAACUGAAUUUCAGAGUUCUGGAGAGUUCAUAUGGAGUAACAAAGAGCUUAGAAAACAUUUACUCUGAACCUGAGGGACAAGAAUGUGGACCUUCUAUAAAUCCUUUGCCAAAACCUCGUAGGACAUUCAGAUAUUUAUCUGAACCUGGUGUUACUCCGUGUAAAGAAAGAAACUGUGACAGAAAAUACUGUGAAAGUAAGUCUUGUGCAGAGUCCUCUUUGGCCUCUUCUCAGGAAGCUGAACCAAAGAAAUAUGGCGGAAAAAUCAGAGGGAGAUCUAAAAGGAAAUCCUUUGAAUUUGAGGACAUUCAGCACUUUCGAAAUCGGAACUCACGGAAGAUUCAUGAAGAACUUGGAAGAAAUUCUGGCUCAGUGCUUUAUUACACACAGUCUGAGGACAAUAUCUAUGAGGAUAUCAUAUAUCCCACCAAAGAAAAUCCAUAUGAAGAUAUUCCAGUGCAGCCUUUGCGCAUGUGGAAAUCCCCUUCAACAUGGAAGCUACCACCCCCUAAAAGUGCUUUCAAAGCACCCAAGCUUCCUCCCAAAGCUCAGUUCCUUCACCGGAAGACUAUGGAACUAAAGAACACACAAGCUUAUUUACGGUCAAAGCUCACAAAGGAUACCACGUUGCCCGUCACUUUAACUGAAUGGAAGCUUUUCCGAGCUGGAGAAGUUGCAAACAGGAAAAGGAAAAAUCUUCCAAGGCUUGUAUUGAAAAUAGAUGAUAUAUUUGAAUCUAAGAGAGGAAAGAAGAGGGUAAAGUUACACCCUUACACUGGAAAAGAUGUACCUCCCUCUAAAGGUGAAACCAGUGGGUACGAAAGUGAUGCCGAGUAUCUGCCAAAGAGUCGCCACAAGCGCAUAGCACAACUGCAGCAGUCUUCGAAGAGGAAUCCUCACUACCAGACCUUAGAGCGGGACCUAAUUGAAUUACAGGAGCAGCAGCUGUUUGAACUUUUUGUGGUGGUGUCUCUACAGAAGAAACCAUCAGAAAUAAGCUACAUUCCCCAGGUCAUACAACAGUUCCCUAGCAAGGGUGAUCAUGGCUUUAAGCAAUCCAAAGACACUGAAGAAAGGCUCAAAGUUAUCCCAAAAUUUUGUUUUCCUGAUUCAAAGGACUGGGUGCCAACCUCAGAACUCAAGAGUGAAACGUUCUCCUUUGUCUUAACUGGUGAAGAUGGGAGCCGGUGGUUUGGUUACUGUAAGAAGCUCUUGCCAGAAGGCAAAGGAAAGCGACUCCCUGAGGUAUACUGCAUGGUCAGUCGCCUAGGCUGCUUCAACCUUUUUUCAAAGAUUCUGGAUGAAGUAGAGAAGAGAAGAGAAAUGUCUCCAGCUUUGGUUUACCCAUUCAUGCGAAGUGUCAUGGAAGCUCCUUUCCCAGCUCCUGGACGCACCAUCACAGUAAAGAGCUACCUCCCUGGGGCUGGAGAUGGGUCCAUUGAACUGUGCCGACCACUGGACUCACGAUUGGAACACGUUGACUUCGAAUGUCUCUUUAAGUGCCUGAGUGUGUGCCAUCUCAUUCGGGUCUGUGCCUCUCUCCUUUUGGAGCGGAGGGUAAUCUUUGUUGCUGACAGCCUAAGCACCCUGUCAAAAUGUGGCCAUGCUGUAGUUGCCGCACUGUACCCAUUCACCUGGCAGCAUACCUACAUCCCAGUCCUGCCAGCAUCUAUGAUCGACAUUGUGUGCUCACCUACUCCAUUCCUUAUUGGAAUCCUGUCUUGCUCAUUACCACAUCUCCAGGACCUACCCAUUGAAGAGGUGCUGAUAGUUGAUCUCUGUGCAGACAAGUUCUUACAGGAGGUAUCUGAUGAGGAUGAAAUUCUGCCACCUAAACUCCAAGCUGCCCUGAUGCAGAUUUUGGAAGAACGAAAUGAAAUCUUGGCUCAGGAGCAGAAUUUUUUGCAAGAUGAGAGCACUAGGGCUGUUUACUGAUGGGCGACAUUAGAGAAGAAGCAGGUGAGGAGUAACUAAAAGUUCAGUUUUGAAUAUUAAGUUUAAGAUACCUUUUGGACAUCUGAUACCUGGCAGACAUUCAGCUGGAGUUAUCAGAUAGGCAUUUAUAUACAUGAAUUUGAGAUUCAGAGGAAAGAUUUGGGCUAGAGACAUACAUUUAAAAGUUGCUAUCUUAGAACUGUGGGACCAGAUGAGAUAACCCAAUAGAGUAAGUAUGGAUAGGAAAUUUUAAAGAUUUAAGGACUGAGCCCUGGUUGGAAAUGAUGUGCUUAGAUUUCCAGCUUUUGGUAGUUGGGAAAAGGAGAAGGAUCCAGCAAAGGAGACUAAAAGGAGCAGCUAGUGAAGUAGGUGAAAAACCAGGAGUAUGUGAUAUUGUAGAAGCUGAGUAAAGAAAAUAUUCCAUGAAGGAGAGAGUAAACAGUUAUGUUCUUUUGGUUUUGUUUUUUUAAUUUUUAUUGGAGUAUAGUUGCUUUACAAUAUUGUGUUAGUUCAUACUGUAGAGCAAAGUUGAAUCGGCUAUACAUAUACAUAUAUCCCCUCUUUUUUGGAUUUCUCUCUCAUUUAGUUCACCACAGAGCAUUGAGUAGAUUUCCCUGUGCUAUACAGUAGGUUCUCAUUAGUUAUCUAUUUUAUACAUAGUAUCAAUAGUGCAUAUAUGUCAGUCCCAAUCUCCCAAUUCAUCCCACCACCCCCCAACAGUUAUGUUUAAUGCUGCAAAGAAAUCCAGUAAUAUGAAGACUGAGAAUUGACCAGUAGAUUUGGCACUGGCCAAAUGGGAAUGGGACAAUGGGAAGGGCUCUGGAGACCUUGGUAACAGCAGAUUCAGUGAAAUGAUGGGAAGAAACUGAGACUGGGAAAGGUUCAGAAGAGAAUUGGAAUGACAGUCAGCUUUUUGUAAAAUUUUAGUGGAAGUACAAAGGGCCAAGAAUAGCUAAGACACUCCUAAAAAAGAAGAAGAUUGAAGGGCUUGCCCUACAAAACACCAAGAUUGAUUAUAAAGUCAUAGUAACUAAGAUUGUUUGGUUUGGUUACAGAAAUAAAUAGAGCAAUAAAAUUGGAAAGAAUAGAGAAUGCACAUGCAUAAGGAAACUUGAUUUGUGUCAGCACCAGCAUUGAAUAUCAGUGGGAGGUGAAUGAACCAUUCAAUAAACAAUUCUAGGGCAACUGGUUUUGCCCUACAAAGAAAUGGAUAUAGAUCUAUACUUCACUUUUUGCCCUGAAAAGAAAUGGAUAUAGAUCUAUACUUCAUGUUAUACACAAAAUUAAUUUGGAUGAAUUAAAGACUUAAAUGUUAAAAGUAAAACAUUAAAAAUGUUUAGGGACUUCUCUGGUGGUCCAGUGGCCAAGACUCAGUGCACCCAGUCAGGGGGCCUGGGUUCAGUUCCUGGUCAGGGAACUAGAUCCCACAUGCCUCAACUAAGAGUCCACAUGCUGCAGCUGAACAUGCUGCAAGGAAGAUUGCAUGUGCCGCAGCUAAGACCUGGUGCGGCCAAAAUAAAAAAUAAAUAAAUAAAAAUUUUAAAAAUGUUUAGAAAAUAAUAGAAGAAAAUAUUUUAUGUUUGGGGACAGUAAUGGAUUUCUUAAAUGUGGCACAAAGAGCACAGAUUAUAAAGGAUAAGAUUGAUUAAUUUGACUAUGCUAGAUAUUUUUAAUUUCUGUUCAUCAAGGGACACCAUGGAAAAGAAAUAAAAAACAAGCUAUAAACUAGAUGAAGACAUUUUCAACAAAUAUAACUAAUGCAGGAAUAGUAUCUAGAAUUUUGUUUUAAAAAUUCCUACAAUUUAAAAGUAAAAAGAUGAACAACCCAAGAGAAAAAUGGGGAAAAGAUGAACAGUUGUUUCAUAGAGGAGGAAACAUGAAAGGCCAAUAAAUAUAUGAAAAGCUACACAACCCCAUCAAAAUCAGGGAAAUGUAAAUUAAAACCACAGUGAGAUACCAUUUUACCUCCACCAUAUUGGCAAAAAUUUAAAAGUCUGACAGUAUCAGGUGUUGAUGAGAAUGUGUAAAUUACUUCAACCCCUUUGGAGAAACAAUUUGGCAUCAUGUAGUAACUUUAAAGGUGUACAUAUCCUGCAGGCCAACAAUUACAUUUUAGAUACAUACACAGAGAAACUCUUGCACAUGAUAACUAGUAAACAAGUAAACAUUAUUUUUUAUAGUGGUAUUGUAUGUGAUAGCAAAAACUAAAAACAAGCUAAAUUUCCAUUCACAGGAGAAUAUAGCAUUAAAAAAAAAAGGAAUCUUAAAAAUAUACAUCGUGAAGAUCCCCUUAGUUGUGGAACUAAGACCCAGCUCAACCAAAGAAAUAAAUAUUUUUUAAAAAAACCAUUGAAUUAAACAGUAAGUUGCAGAAGAAUAUAAUGUUUUAUAUAAUGUUCAGAGACAUACAAAACCUAACAAUAUGUUGUUAGGGUUGCAUGUGUAUAGUAAGACUGUAAAGUAAAGCAAAUGAUAUACACAAAAUUACAAAUAAUGGUCACUCUCUAUUGGAAGGUAGGGGAAGAACACCAUUGAUAGGGCAUCACACCAGGAACUUCGGAGAUACUCAUUACGUUCUGUUCUAAGCUUUGUGGUAGGCCUUUUGUGGUCAUUUCACUGAUGAUCUUAUGAAAUAUUCAUACAUGUUAAAAGAACGUAUAAAGUUUAUGCAUUAAAACAGAAACAAAGAAUGGAAGAUAAGUUAUAGAAAAACAGUUUUUAAAAGAAAGGGAAUUAGGUAUAAGAAGUGGAUACAGCAGGUAUAAACAAUUCUUCCAAGAAAUUUUUUUGCUGCAAACUGGAGGAGAGAUGGGACAGUAACUGGAGGGGAUGGGAGAGUGGGGCAGAAGUGUUGACAAUAAAAGCAGUGAUGGAUUCUCAGCUGCAAAAAGAAAAAGAUGAGAAGGAAGUCUGUUGAACAAAAUAUAACAAAAAUCUAGAUUAGAAUAAAAAUGUAGGGACUUCCCUGGUGGUCCAGUAAUUAAGAAUCUGCCUUCCAAUGCAGGGGAUGUGGUUUGAUCCCUGGUCGGGGAACUAAGAUCCCACAUGCUGCAGGGUAACUAAAUCCAUAUGCCACAACUACUGCAUGCUGCAACAGAGAUCCCGCACGCCGCAACUAAGACCUGACGCAGCCAAAUAAUAAAAAUAAAAUGUAAAAAAAAAAGGGAAUUAAAACGCAAUAUCGGAAGAGACCUUAGAAAUUGCCUAAUCAGCCACUUCAUCAUACAGAUAUGGAAAGAGAGGCUGCAAGAGGUAAAACAAGUUGCCCACUUUUAUACAGCUGCUUCAUGGUAGAAGUCUGGUUAAACUUAGGUCCCAGAUUCCCAGUCAGCCCAUGGGAAAGAGCAAGAGACAGUGUGAAAGAAAAAAUACGAUUUUGUUACGGGAGGCAAAGGAGGAGUUUAAGUUGAACCUGAGGUUUGAGCCUAGAACCUGCAAGGCAACACAUUGCACUAUAUUGUAGUGGUUAAGAAUCACUUGACUUGGGAGUCCUGCAGCUUCUCCACAGUGCUGAAUUCUCCAGAGCUUCUCCCUGGAGAAUGUCUUUGAUAUGAGCCUCAGUUUCCUCAGCUAUAAAAGGGAAAUAAUAGACCUACCUCAUUGGAUUAUUUUUAAAUUUGUAAAAGCACUCAAUAAAUUAUUUAUUAUGGAAUAAUCAUGAUGCAAUAUGAAAUGAGAAAGUUGAGAAAGAGACUGAUUUGGUGGAGAAAUACUGUAUAAUGAAUUUGGUUUUUGCCAUGUAUUGUUUAUUUUAUUUGAUUCUUAGUCUACCAAUUCCCCAAAAGGACCUGAGAUGGUGACUUUUUUGUAUUUUUUAUUUUUUUGGCCACACUGUGCAGCUUGUAGCAUCUUAGUUCCCCAGCCAAGGGUCAAACCCAUGCCCUCAGCAGUGAGAGCACAGAGUCCUAACCACUGGACUGCCAGGGAAUUCCCUAGAUGGUGACUUUUAGACAAAUGGAAUGUAAGUGCUAAUGGGACAGCCAAAUGAUGAUCACCUAUAGGUAGCCUGAAAAUACAGAAAGUGAAUUUUGGUGAAAUAUCAGGACUGGAGAUCUGAGGUUGAGAGGUAGUGACAAAGAAAGUCAGCUCUCUCUCUAUGCCAGUUAGCUCUUUAAGGAAAGGAAUGUUGAAGAGAAGAGGUCUGAAGACCAUGCCCAGGCAAAGGAAGAAGAGGCAAAAGCAAAACAAAUGUUUGAUCAUAAAGGCAAGAGAGGAAUCAGGAAAUCAGGAGAGCAUAAAGUUGUGGGAGACAAGAGGAAUGAGAAGAAGGUCAGCACAAAUGCAGCCUAGAGUUUAAAGGAGGAUAAAAAUAGAAAAGCAGAUUAAAGUUGGCUGAUUCUCACGGGUGGCCUUUGAAAGAAUAGUUACAGUGAAAUCACAGAUGUGCAGACCACAGUAUGUGUGGGAAGAAAAUGAAGGUAAGAAUAUAAGCCAUUUUCUUUUUUUCAAGUCAUGAAGAGUGCAAGAAAGCUAAGAAUGAGGAUUCCUGCACUUAUUCUCUAUUCUUUAAUCUAUGAUUCCCUAGGUGACACUUUUAUAACCAAAGCCAGUGUCCCUGUAAACACAAAACUAAGGGGAUUUUUUUUUCCCUUUCUUUCUUUUU